AGAGGGAGGAAGGACGGCACAGCUGACAGGACAGGACGGCAGUGCUCCUGAGCGUUUCUGGAGCAGAAGCUCUUCCCCCAGAGGGAGGGACGCACCGGGCAGCAGGCACCAUGGAGCCCCCGUCGGGCCCUCCCCGAGGAGGACGCGUCCCCUGGCAGGAGGUCCUGCUGGCAGUCUCACUCCUAACCUUCUGGAGCCCGCCCACCACUGCCCAAGUCACUGUGGAAUCGGUGCCGCCCAGUGUUGCUGAAGGGAAGGAUGUUCUUCUGCUCGUCCACAAUCUGCCUGGGGAUCCUCUAGGCUAUGGCUGGUUCCGAGGGGAAACUAUAGAGCCCAGCCGUCAAAUUGUAUCAUAUGUAGUAGACGCACAAGUAACUACCCCAGGGCCUGCACACAGUGACAGAGAGACAAUAUACCCCAAUGGAUCCCUGCUGUUCCAGAACAUCAACCUGAAGGACACAGGAUACUACACCAUACAAAUCACAAAGAGAAAUCUUCAAGUUGAUCAAGGAACAGGACAGCUGCGCGUAUUCCCGGAGUUACCCAAAUCCAACAUCGCAAGCAACAACUCUGACCCCGUGGAGAAUGUGGAUUCUGUUGUACUAAUGUGUGGACCUCAGACACAGAACACAAGCUACCUGUGGUCAGUAAACAUGAAGAGCCUCCGGGCCAGCACCAGGCUGGAGCUUUCCCUGGACAACAGGACUCUCACUAUACAUGGUGUCACAAGAAAUGACACAGGAACCUAUAAGUGUGAAAUUCGGAACCCAGGGAGUACUGGUCGUAGUGACCCAUUCACCCUGAAUGUUCUCUAUGGCCCGGACACCCCCACCAUUUCCCCCUCAGACUCCUUUUACCAUCCAGGGGCCAACCUCAGUCUCUCCUGCCACACAGCCUCUAACCCGCCCGCACAGUAUUCUUGGUUUAUCAAUGGGAGGCCCCAGCCAUUCACACAGAAGCUCUUUAUCCCCAACAUCACUGCCAAUGAUAGUGGAUCGUAUACCUGCCUCGCCUAUAACUCUGGCACUCGCCUCAGUAAGACCACAGUCAAGACUAUCACAGUCUCUGGUAAGUGGAUCCCUGGAGCAUCUGCACCGACGACUGUGGUGAAGGUCUGUCUGGCUUUCAGAAAAGAGCCUAGAAGAAGUUAUUUCCCACUAGCAAAUCCCAGAUCUGUCCCUGAACUCUCCCCCUACAUGUCUGCAAUCGCUUCCUCCCCUUGCUUUCUGAUUGUAUGGUAGACCUUGGGUCCAGCCUGGAAUGUGGGGAGUGAGCUUCUCAGCUCCAGAAAGCCCCAUGCAUAAAAUGGGACUUUGCAAAUAGGGAAGAAGGAUCCUAAGGGUCAAGUUGCUUUUUGUUGUUGUUGAAUUGCAGAAGUCCUUUAUAUAAUCCAGAUACUAACCUCUAACCAGAUAUGGUUUGCAAAUGUUUCCUUUCAAUCCAUGGGUUGCCCUCACAUUUUCUUUGUUAGUGAACUUUAAUUGACACACAAUGUGAUGUAGUUUCAGGUGUACAACAUAGUGAUUGGACAACUCUCUAUGUUAUGCUCUAUUCAACACAAUGUAGCUCCCAUCUGACCCCAUGCAGCCCCAUUAAAAUACCAUUGACUAUAUUUCCUAUGUUGUACAUUUCAUCCCUAUAUCUUGUUAAUUCCAUAACUGGUACUACCACUCUCCAGAUUCUGUCUUUUGAUGCACAGUUUUCCAUUUUGAUGUAAUACAAUUAAUCUAUUUUUU